GACCAGGAUCAUCAGGAAUAACAAUUCUAUUGGGAAUGGAAUUUGAUGACCCAGAAGUAACAUUACUUGCAGAACAAGUACAACGAAUGACAGUUGGAGCGGAACAUGAAGUACCGCAAAAUAAACAAGAAAAGAAACUUAAUCAACUCUAUCUAGAAGCUGUACAAAGAGAAAUAAAUCAAUUUAGAGAACAAGUAAUAGGAAAAGACAAUACUAAAAAAGAUAAAAAAGGAAAAGCUAAAAGCUUAAAUAUUACCUUUAAUCAACAAGAAGGAAGCAAAGUCAAAAUACCAAAAAUAGACCUAGUAAAAGAUCUAGAAGAAGAAUAUGGAUAUGCAACUAACCAAGCACUAAACUUGGACAGAAAAGAUUUUGAAGCAAUGCAAGAAUAUGAACAACAAAUCUUAAUGGAAAGAUUCGCCAGACAAAUAGAACUAUGUAGAAGCGAACUAUUACGAAAACAAUACCAGGAAAAAUAUAAAAAACUAUUAGGAGUAUCUCUAGAAAACUUAGAUAAAAUGCAUAAUAUAGAAGAUGAAGAAGAAUUAAUGUUCAAAGAACAACAACGAGCCAGAAUCAUUACCACUAAAACAUCCAUAUCAUGA